UUUCAGAGAUCAAAAUCUCUUGCGAUGACCUCAAAUCUAUCACAGUACAACUUGAAAAGUACAGGUGUGAAGAGGUUAAUGAAAGAAGCGGCUGAAUUACGCAAUCCAACAGAUAUGUACUAUGCUCAACCACUUGAGGAUAAUCUGUUCGAGUGGCAUUUUACUGUACGUGGACCGGCCGAUACGGAUUUCGAAAAUGGUAUUUAUCAUGGACGAAUACUUUUGCCAGUGGAUUAUCCGAUGAAACCACCAAGUGUGAUACUGCUUACGCCAAAUGGUCGCUUCCAGUUGAAUCAGAAGAUAUGUCUUAGCAUUUCAGGUCAUCAUCCUGAAUCUUGGCAACCAUCAUGGUCUAUUCGAACCGCACUUUUGGCUCUUAUCGGUUUUAUGCCAACACAUGCAGCUGGUGCACUAGGCUCGUUGGAGUAUCCAUCAGAAGAACGUCGGAGGCUUGCUAAAAUAAGCCAUGAAUGGGUUUGUAAGGAAUGUGGUCUGUGUAUGAGAAAUGCAUUAGCAAGUAAAACGGUAUCUGGCGAUAACGCAGAUGCCAUAGAAGCACGGCGUUUGGCUACGCAAAUUUCAAUGAAAGAGGGGAAAGAAGCAAGAAAGCAGGAAGCAGUUGAUGACCAAAAUUUAUUCGUUCCAAGUGAUGCCUCAUCGAUAAAUGACGUUGUCUUGGAUAAUUCCGCUGAUAUAUCUGAAACUUUACAUCACAGACGGUCAUUGUCCCAAUCACCAGCCUCCAUCACCUCCGUCCGUAGUGAUGAUUUACAAUUAACAUCACGCUUUUCCUGGGAAUUAAUUUUUAUCUGGUUUUUUUCCGUAAUUGUCGUAGGUUUGGUUUUAAGAAGAUUUUUUUUCGUACAGAAUAGCGCGAUAGCUUAAUUGUUUAUUCAUUGAGUAUAAAUUUAGUUGUACCAGCAUUUGCACGCUAGAUAUGCUGCCUUUCCUUAUUUCCUUUGUUUCCCUCUCUUUCUGUUUUAUAAUCUCUGCAGCAAUAUGUAUGUAUGCUUAGAAAGAAUUAUGUUUGCUAUGAUAUAUGCAUACAUAAAAUGG